CCACGCCGUGGUUUUCUCCGCCUUUAUUCCCCCACCUCUCCACCCAUCCGCCGCCUCCCAAUCAUCCUUCCCCAACCUCCCUCCAUCCCCGCAGCAUCUCCACGCCGUCACACCUCGUCGCGUCGUCACCGGCGAGAAGAUGGUCGGGCCGGGCCUCUACGCCGAGAUCGGCAAGAAGACCAAGGAUCUGCUGUACAAGGACUACCAGACUGACCACAAGUUCACCCUCACUACCUACACCUCCAAUGGCGUCGCUGUCACUGCUUCUAGCACAAAGAAAGCUGACCUGAUCUUUGGUGAGAUCCAAUCACAGAUAAAGAACAAGAACAUUACCGUAGAUGUGAAAGCAAACUCAGAGUCAAAUAUCAUUACUACAGUUACUGUUGAUGAGAUUGCAACACCAGGACUGAAAACCAUCCUUAGCUUUGCUGUUCCUGAUCAGAGGUCUGGAAAGGUUGAGCUUCAGUAUUUGCAUGAUUAUGCUGGAGUUAAUGCAAGCAUUGGUCUGACAGCCAAUCCUGUCGUCAACCUCUCUGCUGCCUUUGGCACUAAGGCUCUUGCAGUUGGUGCAGAUGUCUCACUUGAUACUGCCACUGGAAACUUAACCAAAUACAAUUCUGGACUGAGGUUCACUCAUGAAGACCUCAUCGCAUCCCUGAGCCUGAACAACAGGGGAGACAGUCUUACUGGAGCUUACUACCACAAGGUGAGCGAAUUGACCAACACAGCUGUUGGGGCAGAGCUUACCCACAGCUUCUCGACCAAUGAAAACACCGUCACCUUUGGCGGGCAGCACGCUCUGGACCCACUAACCGUCUUGAAGGCCCGCAUCAACAACUCUGGCAAGGCCAGCGCCCUCAUCCAGCACGAGUGGAGGCCAAAGUCUCUGGUCACCAUCUCGGCCGAGGUCGACACCAAGACCAUCGAGAAGAGCUCGAAGGUCGGGAUCGCCGUGGCCCUCAAGCCCUGAUUGGUUAUAAGACCAUUUUUUUUCCUUCUAAGCUCCUAGCAUGACUGUUUGGGUCAGAUCAGGUCAGCUGGGGAAAACAAAAACUGUUGGGGUUCCCGGCAUCCUUUGGUCGUUGCAGUCUGUUGAUUUCAUGAACUGCGUAAUGCUUCGUUGAGGAAAUUUUUCGGUCAUCUGUGUAGCGCUCUGUUAAAUGAGCAACCUUCACAAUAAUUCAAGCUUUAGAAUUCUGAACUUGUUUACAAUGGUUGAUUGUGACUUUGUGUCAACUGAGGUAGGGGCGAUUCUGUUUUCUGCAACCA